AUGAACAGUUUAUAUAGCAAUUUUUUAAUAGCAAAAUGUAUUCAUACAUCUGCUAACUUAUUUAAAGAAACAGCAAAAAAUUUAAAAGGAAAGAAACAUAGUUCACAGUUAUGGCUUACGAGGCAGUUGAAAGAUCCUUAUGUAGAAAAGGCAAAAAAAGAAAGCUAUAGAUGCAGAAGUGCAUUCAAAUUAUUAGAAAUCAAUGAAAGGUUUAAGAUUUUAAAACCUGGACAAACUGUGAUCGAUUGUGGUGCUGCUCCUGGCAGCUGGACCCAAGUUGCCAUCAAAAUGACAAAUGCAAAUGGUAAACAUGAUGAUGAUGUUGGAACUGUGAUUGGAAUAGACAAAAUACCAAUGUAUCCAAUUGAAGGUGCAACUUUAUUGGGUAAUAUGGAUUUCACUAAUAUAACUUCACAAAAGGAACUUCUAAAACUAUUAAAAGAUGAAAAAGCCCAUGUGGUUUUAUCGGAUAUGGCUCCAAAUGCAUCUGGUAUAAAAGCCAUGGACCAUGAAAAUAUAAUAAAGCUGGCAUAUACUGCAUUGAAAUUUGCUUUACAAAUUACAUGCCUAGAUGGAACAUUUGUCUGUAAAGUUUGGGAUGGUGAAAAGUCUCAACAAUUAGAGAAAGAUCUUCUAAAAUUUUUUAAACAUGUUAGAAAUAUAAGGCCUGAAGCCACAAGAAAUGAAUCUACAGAAAAAUUUUUUUUAGCCACAGGAUUUAAAGGAAUAAAGACUACAUCUAGUAGUACAUUAUAAUAUCUGGUUUCAUUAACAAAUUUAAGUUAUUUAAACUUCAAAGUGUUUAAUGAAUAAAAUCAUUUAUAACAUAAUUGCUUAUUGUGCCUGGACAGGUUGUAAAUAAUAACAAAUCACAAUAUUUUGAUGUAAGAUCAACAUCAAGUGAUUUUAUAACUUCUUCCUUUUGCAAUCUAACAGCUCCUACACAACACGACAUGUAUAAUAUACAUCAAUAUAUUUAGUUAUAAAUAAUACAAUAAUAUUUAAUACAGUUACAAUUAAUACAUAUUAAGAUGCUGUUGAUGCUUCUUAAUUAUACCAUUAUAUAUACAAUUCUUAAUAAAAUUAAUAUGUACACAAAUUAACAAUCAGAUACAUGAGAGAGAUUACACACCACAUCGAAGUAUACGCAGAACGAUAAAAUUACUGGCCAUGAUAUUAAAUUUUUUAUUUUGUUAAAAUUCAAUGUACGUGUAAGACCCACGUAAUGAAAAAUUCAUUGAAAAUAAAAUAUAAAGAAUUCUAA